AUGACGCCUCCACAAAAGAUCAAGCAAUGGCUUACGGGCCAGGACGGGCUCGAUAAGCUCAGGAUGGACGAGGCGGAAUGCCCAACUCCGGGAGAGGAUGAAGUACUGGUUGAAGUACAUUCAGUCAGUUUAAACUACAGGGAUACUGAAGUCGCUAUGGGCCUCUACAAUCACCACCAGUCGGUAGAUCAUCCCCCCGCCAUCGUACCAUGCAGUGACAUGUGUGGUGUGGUUGUUGCCGUUGGUCCAGCCUCCAACAACACUUCAGACCCCUUCAAGAAUCCGGCUUUCCAGCUCAAGGAAGGCGACAGGGUCAUUAGCACAUUUGCGCCGAAACAUCUCAGUGGCCAAAUCAAGGCCACAGACAUCGCAAGCGGGCUUGGAGGGCCAGCCCCGGGAGUGCUGACGCAGUAUCGUGUCUUCCCCACCUACGGCGUCGUCAAGAUCCCAGACUAUCUAUCCGAUGACGAAGCGGCUUGCUUGCCAAUAGCAGCCGUGACCGCCUGGAUGAGCUUGAACUGCAUGCGGCCGAAUGGCGAGAUAAUUGGAAAGGGCGAAUCAGUCGUAUGCCAGGGUACUGGUGGUGUUAGCAUUUCCGCAGCUCAAAUCGCGUCUGCAGCAGGCGCCGAUGCCAUCGUCACUUCUUCCUCUGACGAGAAGCUCCAGCGGGCCUCCAAGCUUGGUGCGAAGACAACCAUCAACUACCGCAACAACCCCGAUUGGGAAAACGCAGUCCUCUCUGCUACUUCCGAUAACGGCGCUGAUAUCAUUAUCGAAGUCGGUGGCGCGCAGACACUGCGCAAGUCAUUUGAAUGCGUACGCUUCGGUGGAUUGAUCUCUUGCAUUGGCUACCUCUCUGGUAAGCAAGACGAAGCUGGUGACAGGACAAACACAAACCUGUUGUGCUUGAAAAGGAAUGUUACGCUCAAGGGUAUAAUGAACGGCCCUAGGACUGAGCUUGAAAGAAUGCUUAAGUUCUACGAUGAGAAGAAGAUCAGACCAGUCGUCGAUCGUAUUUGGAAGUUCGAAGAGGCGGAUCAAGCGCUCAAGUACUUGUUCAGCGGAGGACACUUUGGAAAAGUUGUCAUUAAGGUGAAGGACUACGGCCAUACAUCAGAUUCGGCAGCGGGCAAGUGCACAGUCGUUGAAUAUCAUCAAACUGCAAGUGCCGCCAAAGACAAUAAUGGAGUUAAAGAUCACAAGGACGAAGCCGAAGAUCUGCGGUUGACAGAGUUAAGCCAAAAACUGAGCGCGCCGCUGGGUACCGACAUUCACACCCCACUUGCGGAAGACGCUGGCAAAGUGCUGGGUAUCCUCGACGGCGAUCUUUUAAUCCUCCUCGACAACACGUUCCUGGUACCAAGCAUGUUCAGCUUCAGCCAGGAGUGGACGCCAAUCCUUGUCCUCUUGCAGUGCUACAGCUAG